AUGGAUCCUGCCACACUAAGUAAACAGAUCAGUAAUAAUGCGUUCUACUUCAUCUACCUGAUAAACAGCUUUACUCGAUUGACCGAUUUAGCCUUGAAUAUAGGAGAAAUGGCAGGAUAUUCGCAAAGAGUAGCAGAAUUGGUCCGCUACUUGGAAAACAAUCACAAGGAGGAAACAAGCUUUUGGAGCUGUGGCAACGGCGAUGAAUCUCCAGAUCUUCUGGUGACUGAAAAAUUAUCCUUCUCUGUGUCGAAUGCCCCUCAUCAUUUAAUUACUGAAGAUCUCAAUCUUCGGCUUCCCAAACACAAAACUCUUCUGAUCACCGGUAGCAGUGGUGCUGGAAAGACGUCAUUGCUGAGAGUUCUGAAGAAACUGUGGGAGCCAUGCAGUGGCACAAUCAUCAGAAAUUUUACUGACACUAAUGCUAUGUUUUUACCUCAACGACCAUAUUUUCCACCUGGAUCAUUGUCUAUACGACAGCAGAUUCUUUUUCCACGUUUGGAAUCUGAUGUGCAGUGCCUUGAACUCGAGAAUGACAGGAUUGUCAAUAUUUUGCACUUGUUGAAUUUGAAAACGCUGAUUUCGAUGUGCGGUAGUUUGACUGACCCCCCUAAUUUCGAAUGGCAAGACACACUCUCCCCUGGUGAGCAACAACGACUCUCCAUUGCACGGGUGCUUCUCCACCGACCUCCGUUUGUGUUUCUGGAUGAAGCAACGAGUAGUUUGUCCAUCGACGCAGAAGCUAUUGUAUAUACAUUGUUACAAAAAGUAAGCUGA